GCUGGGGCACGGCACGGCACGGCACGGCACGGCACGGCACGGGGCGGCUCGGCUCGGCGUACGGGCGUAGGUUUUUGUUCCUGUCAAGAGACCGACAGCUCACAGAUGCUCCUGGGAGUCCCUGCUGCAUAGCUGCGAAGAGAGGCUGUUACUGUGAUCUUCAGAAGAUAAGGUGCAGUGUCUCUGCUGGAAGGCUAAUUUCGGAUGUUUUGGAGUCCCCCCUAAAUCCAUGAGAUGGCUGUCACCAUGCAGAUCUCCAAAGACGAGCUGGAGGAACUCAAGGAGGCCUUUGCCAAAGUUGACCUCAACAGCAAUGGCUUCAUCUGUGACUAUGAGUUGCACGAGCUCUUCAAGGAAGCCAACCUGCCUCUCCCUGGGUACAAAGUGAGAGAGAUCAUCCAGAAGCUCAUGAUCGACAGUGACAAGAACAAGGAUGGGAAGAUUAGUUUUGAGGAGUUUGUCUACAUAUUCCAAGAGGUGAAAAGCAGCGACAUUGCUAAAACGUUCAGAAAAGCCAUCAACAGAAAGGAAGGCAUCUGUGCCAUUGGAGGCACCUCCGAGCUCUCCAGCGAGGGAACGCAGCAUUCAUACUCAGAGGAAGAGAAAUAUGCGUUCGUAAACUGGAUAAACAAAGCCCUGGAAAAUGAUCCUGACUGUAGGCACGUUAUUCCAAUGAACCCAAAUACAGACGACCUGUUCAACGCGGUGGGAGAUGGGAUUGUGCUGUGCAAAAUGAUCAAUCUUUCUGUUCCGGACACAAUUGAUGAAAGAGCAAUUAAUAAGAAGAAACUCACGCCGUUCAUCAUUCAGGAGAACUUGAACCUGGCGCUGAAUUCUGCGUCCGCCAUCGGGUGUCAUGUUGUCAAUAUUGGUGCGGAGGACUUGAGGGAAGGGAAACCCCACCUGGUUCUUGGGCUUCUCUGGCAGAUCAUUAAGAUCGGCUUGUUUGCCGACAUUGAGCUCAGCAGAAAUGAAGCACUGGCUGCCUUACUUCGUGAUGGUGAAAACCUGGAGGAUCUUAUGAAACUAUCCCCAGAAGAGCUGCUCCUAAGAUGGGCCAACUUCCACUUGGAAAAUGCAGGCUGGCACAAAAUCAAUAACUUCAGCACAGACAUCAAGCUGACAGAUUUUGGUAAUUCAGUAAAGGAUUCUAGAGCUUAUUUCCACCUUCUCAAUCAAAUUGCACCUAAAGGGCAGAAAGAAGGAGAGCCUCAGAUCGAUAUUAACAUGUCGGGUUUCAAUGAGAAGGAUGACUUGCGCAGAGCAGAGUUCAUGCUGCAGCAGGCAGAGCGGCUCGGGUGCCGGCAGUUUGUCACAGCCACUGAUGUGGUCCGGGGGAACCCAAAGCUGAACUUGGCAUUCAUUGCCAACUUGUUCAACAAAUACCCAGCGCUUACCAAGCCUGAAAACCAGGACAUCGACUGGACUCUGCUGGAAGGAGAGACCCGUGAGGAACGGACCUUCCGUAACUGGAUGAAUUCCCUUGGUGUGAACCCCCACGUAAAUCACCUCUAUGGUGACCUACAAGAUGCACUGGUAAUACUACAGCUAUAUGAAAAGAUCAAAGUUCCUGUUGACUGGAAUAAGGUUAACAAACCCCCAUACCCAAAGCUUGGAGCUAAUAUGAAAAAGCUAGAAAACUGUAACUAUGCUGUUGACCUGGGAAAGCACCCAGCCAAAUUCUCUCUGGUUGGCAUUGGAGGGCAGGAUCUGAAUGAUGGAAACCCAACGCUGACACUGGCCUUAGUCUGGCAGCUGAUGAGAAGGUACACACUGAACGUCCUUGAGGACCUGGGUGAUGGUCAGAAAGCCAACGAUGACAUUAUAGUCAACUGGGUAAACCAGACACUGAAAGAAGCUGGGAAGUCCACCUCCAUCCAGAAUUUCAAGGACAAGACUAUCAGCACAAGCUUGGCAGUUGUGGACUUAAUAGAUGCUAUACAGCCUGGCUGCAUCAACUAUGACCUUGUAAAGACUGGUCAUCUAUCGGAAGAUGACAAACAAAAUAAUGCUAAGUAUGCUGUAUCCAUGGCAAGAAGAAUUGGUGCCCGAGUCUACGCUCUUCCAGAGGAUCUUGUAGAGGUGAAACCGAAGAUGGUCAUGACCGUGUUUGCCUGCUUGAUGGGCAGAGGGAUGAAGAGAGUAUAAAAGGGGAGAUCUGUGUAAAAAUCAAAGCAAACAAACAACAAAACGCAACAAAAAAAACCCAACCUGCCACCCUGGGUGCAUGAGUAGCAAGCAGACCAGCUGUGUCCAUGUUUGAAAGCUGUUGGCCUAGGAACUGCUGAGGUUCAAGGGAUGCUGUUCUGCUUUUGCAAGGCAAACAUAUCAGACCUCUCAGGGAGAGGAGCCUUACCCAACAGAUGUGCUCUUUUCCCAAAGGCAAGUUGAACUUAGCAGGAGCUCACAGCAACGCAUUCAGAACAGACCAGCAUCUUACAGUGCUGCUCUGGAGCUGUUUCGCCCUGUUAUUUCUCCAAUACUCACUGUGUAGUUUUUGAUUCUUCUUUUUUUAUUUCCUUUUGUUCCUUUUAUCUCUUUUUCCCCCCAAGGGCCUUAUGAGGUGGUUGGUAUGAAUUGCAGCGGGGAUGAGUUGUAUUUCUAUCUGCAGUCUGGUUUAAUUGCUGUCAUUUGGUCCAAGCUCACUUUAGGUCUGACCACUUCCUUGACCUGGCAAACAAAGCUUGGCACAAAGUCCUGCCUGCUAAGCCACGCUGAACCUUCUGUAGCUCCAGCUGGGGCCUGCAGGGCAGCUCACAAUGCUAAGUGAGAACCGCCUCACUUCUGGAUGGAUCUCCUGCUCUUCUCUCUACGUGGUGCUUCUUUUUAUACCUCUCACUACUCUGAUGACCUUACAAACAAAGCACGGCAGUCGGUGUUCUUUUUCCCCUCUUGCCACUUAUAAAGAAGGGUUAUUUUCCUUGUAUUUUUCAGUUAGGCUUGAUCUGAGAAUAGCACCCUCCUUGAACGCCGUAACACCUGAUAUCUCCUUGCUGAGGGCACAGCUGAGCGUGAGAAUGGAAGCGAGUGCAUUUCUGUCUGCGCCCCGGCUCAGCGGUGUGCACCUAGAACCUAAUUUUUACAGACGUCUGCAUGGAAAUUAUAUAUAUAUCUUUUGGUUUUUUAUUUAAAACGCUGUUGGAUAUAAAACCACGCUGCGUUGGGGGGAGGUUUUAUGCAGGGAAGAGGCAGAUAUUCUUGAACAGCAGGGUUUGAUAAUCCGAAGAGCAAAAAGUGCUGGAAUAUAGAAGUAUUUUUACAGGUGAAAGGAAGCCUUGUCGCCAAAGAAGGAAGAUGCCGUAUCCAUAGGAGUUAAUAUUAUCUUGCUUUGGCAAGCUGUUUGCUAUAUUUUGAGAUCAUAUUGCUAUUCUGAGCUAUUCCAAGUGAUGUCAUAUGGUGGCAAAGCAUUAGUUGAGAUAAUAAUAAAGAAAACAAAACAAACCACAGACCCAUUUAAA